UACUGCGGAAGGAGGGGUGCCUUGUCGUUAGCCAAUGGGAGGCGGUCUUAUUCGGGGCGGCGCAGCCCUGAGAGAGUCUGUGAGAGGAUCCGCCUGGCUUGCUGGUGUUACGGGCGUGAGGAGACGCGGAGGCCGGACCAGGUGGAUAAAAGAUCUUACAGAUGGCAGAAAACAGUAGGGCAGAAGAUGCUGCCUCAGAUUCUGUGGAAAGUGCUAAAGGCACAGGUGAUAAAAAAGAAAAGUUAGCAGACCAAGUUAUGCAGAAUCCACAAGUCUUGGCAGCUUUACAAGAUCGACUUGAUAAUGCACCUCACACUCCUUCCAGCUAUAUCGAAACCUUACCAAAAGCAGUAAAAAGAAGAAUUGAUGCUUUGAAACAGCUUCAGGUGAAAUGCGCACAUAUAGAAGCUAAAUUUUAUGAAGAAGUUCAUGAUUUAGAGAGAAAAUAUGCAGCUCUUUAUCAACCCCUUUUUGAUAAGAGAAGGGACUUCAUCAUUGGUAAUUCUGAACCUACUGAAGCAGAGGCAGAAUGGCACAGUGAAAAUGAAGAUGAAGAGAAGCUAGCUGGAGACCUGAAAAAUAAAGUAGUAAUAGAAGAAAAAGAAGCAGGAGCAACUGAAGAGACAAAUCCUAAAGGAAUCCCAGAUUUUUGGUUCACAAUAUUUAGAAAUGUAGAUAUGCUGAGUGAAUUAGUACAGGAAUAUGAUGAACCUAUUCUAAAAUACCUGCAAGACAUUAAAGUGAAAUUUUCUGAGCCAGGACAGCCUAUGUCUUUUACAUUAGAGUUUCACUUCGAACCCAAUGACUACUUUACUAACUCAAUUCUGACAAAAACCUACAAGAUGAAAUCCGAACCAGAUAAGACGGAUCCAUUUUCAUUCGAGGGUCCUGAAAUUGUUGAUUGUGAGGGAUGCACUAUUGAUUGGAAGAAAGGAAAAAAUGUUACAGUAAAAACAAUAAAGAAGAAACAGAAACAUAAGGGUCGAGGCACUGUCAGAACAAUUACUAAACAAGUACCUAAUGACUCAUUUUUUAAUUUCUUCAGUCCAAUUAAAGUUUCAGGAGAUGGAGAAUCACUGGAUGAAGAUUCAGAGUGUACUUUAGCCAUAGAUUUUGAAGUUGGGCACUUCUUCCGUGAAAGAAUAGUGCCCCGUGCUGUACUCUAUUUCACUGGAGAAGCUAUAGAAGAUGAUGAUAAUUUUGAAGAAGGAGAGGAAGGAGAAGAAGAGGAAUUAGAAGGGGAAGAAGAAGGAGAAGAGGAAGAUGCAGAAAGUGAACCUAAGAAAGAUGCCAGUCAACCUGCUGAAUGCAAACAACAAUAAGGAAAUACCACUUCAGAGUGAUAUUUGAACAGCCUGUAACAAUAUUUGGAUACCUGGCCUGCAGUUCAGGAAAUUCCAUUACUGCAGCACAAUCUUAUUAACAAUGCUUAAACUAAAUUGUUUUCAAAUGCAUGAUUUUCACUAAUUCUUUUCUUAUUUUUGCUUAACUUGUACAGUGGCAACUUAAUGCAUUUGAGAAAUAUGAGGUUUAAUUAAAGCACACUCUACAGCCUUUGGUACAAUUUAGCUCAACUGUCUCUGUAGGCUUUUCCAUUAAAUUAAAAAAAAUAAUUUGCCUUUUUGAAAAACUUACCCUCAACACAUGGUAAGUUUUUGUCAAAAUAUUAUGGAAUAGGAAUAUUUAGACUAUUAAAUUAAUAAAAUACAGUAAAAACAAAUAAAGCAAUAUGCCUUCUGGUAGAUCUUUUCCCUUUAAAAUAAAUCUCCUGUAGCCAUUCAGACAGAUUAGCGCUACAGAGUACCUUAAAACAUUGUCAUUUCCACUAAUUUUAAAUGGAAAAUAACAUUUCCUUUAUCUUUGAAGAAAGGAGUGGUUGAGAAACAUUUAGUUGUUCACCUUAUUUAUUAAUUUUUAAGUACUUUGGUGAACUAGUACUUUUAAUAGUUUUAAAAUACUUGAAGAGAAUCCUGUUUAUAAACUAUGGGUACUUGUAUGUGAAAAACUCAUACUUUACUCAAGAAAAUGAUUGCUUCUCAGACAUUUCAAAACAACAAGCCUGAUGUGGGCUCGCUAUGUUGAGAAGGUUGCAGCACUUUAAGUAUAUAUCCCUGGUUUGCCUUAGUUAUGCUCGGCAGACAAAGGUUUGAAGCUUGGACAUAAGCUGCAACUUUAUAUGCUUGUUCUCCACUGUUGGGUACAACUUCACUUUUAAUCUUCCUUCAACCGUAAGAACAGACUAGAGUUUGAUGUAAUAGCUGAACCAACAUUUUGUAAUUUGUAUUCAACCUUUAAGCCAAGUGCAGUUGGUCUUGGUGAUGAUUUAGCCAUCAAAUGCAAAUUACAGGAUUGGAAUUCAGAGGACAGAGCAAAGUAUGGCUUCCAAUAAACAAAAAAUAAAGUGAAACUACACACAAAUGUGGAAAAUAAUGUUCUGGAUAAAUUGGAAGAUGAUCCAAUUUGGACCUGUGAAAGCUAUAUCAUAUAAUUGGAAAAAUAUAAAUACAUCCUGGGUGCAUAGUUCUGAUGUUUAUUUGCAAUAUCAAGUCACUCCAUUCCACAUUUUCAUGUUUUUUAAAGCUCCAGAAUCCUUCCGAAGAAUAUUCAGAAUACAGUUUCGCCUUUCUUAAACAUACAAUGCCAGCUUAUGGCAACACUUCAUUACCAAUUGUGUGAAUGCUGUUACCAGGCAUGUAGAGAGUGCUCCAGCCUUAUCUUAUACAUUUGUAACUUAAUACUGUGUUUUCAAUUUGUACAGAAUAGUUAGAAUAUUCUAUUAAAGUUGUGAAACAUGAAGCGUAUUGUCCUGAUAGUUUCUCCAUCAAUUCAUGACAUUUUCUUGUCGCAUUCAUCAGUGUGUGACAGAGCAACUAAUCACAUAGAUCCCUAUUGAGAUUUCAGCUGUAAAUUUCCCUGUAUAUAUAGUAACUUAUUUUAGUUGUGGGACUCAGUUGAAUAUUGAGUUUUUUAGGGCUGUGUUUCUCAGCCUUGGCAACUUUUAAGAUGUGUGAGUUUUAGGAGUUAAAGUCCACAAAUCUUAAAGUUACCAGGAAUAAGAAGCACUACUGUAGGGAAUAGACUUGAAAAAAGACUGGUAGAAAUCAACAGAAAUAAUGGCUGUUCUUGGCAAUUUAAACAAAAAUCAGAAGUAGAAUAAUACUUUUACUUUUUGAAAAAAUCCCAGGGUUACAAAAUAGAACACAUUAUUAAUUCCAUACAUGUUAAGCAAAAGAACUGGCAAAAUAGGAGGAAGGAAAUUGUAAAAUAGGAAAAAUGUGUGUGUGGGGGGGAAGGCUGGAGAUUUGAUGCAGUUCUAAUUUUGUAAUAUAUCCUAAAACACUUCUGUGAAGAAAUUCUUGUAUAGCUGUCUGAUUCUAACACAGACAGGUCAGAAUAGAGUAUCUCUGUUCACCUCAACUGAAACCUUGAUAAAUGUAUCAGAAGAAAAUAAAUGUGCAUUUUUGUAUUGUUGGGAUCUUUGGAAGGCAAUUGAUGGUUGAUGAGAAAAGAGAUUCUAUCCAUCUUCAUAAGUAAUGCUAAUAAUUAUUCAAAAUGUAGUUGGUUAACAAGCCAAAACUGUCUUUAUAAAUGUAAGUAAACUUCCAGGAAGAAAA